AUGAUCCUUAGCCACGCUUUGCGCCAGGAGCAAAAAGGGGGACCAGCACUGGUCCUUAUACUCCGCCGCGCCCCCAAAGACUUUGCCCACGAGGCUGUCCUCCCCGUACCGAAAACCGGAGGCACCGUUUCGCUAGCGUACCGAUGUUUAAGGAUUAUAUUACCUCUGAUCUCCCCGGGUAUUCUAGUAGCACUAGCGCGGACUCUCAGCCUGGAUAACACCAAGGCAGCCCUCGCUAGAUGUGAGAUAAGAAAGAGAGAAAAGAUACGGCGACGCGUAUCUUUCGGAUCUGCGAUCCGACCGCGGCUCUCUGAGGCGGAGCCAACUCCUGGAGCUGGCGCUUACUCGAUAAAGACCACGAUUCUUGGGAAUGUACCUGAUUCAAAGAUACACUCGGCACCGCAAUUUUCCCUCCGGUCCCGUGAAAAGUUCGGCAACCCCAUGCUUCGCGCUCUUGAUACAGAAACGGCACGACAGCCUGGGCCUGGCUGGUACACUCCAAAACAGGUUAAUCCGAAAGACGACAACGCACCAAAAUAUUCAUUUCCAAAGGGUCAUUUCAUCAAAGAUAAAGCCCGGCUCUCGCCAGGACCUGGCGCGUAUGUCAUACCUUCGUCAGUCGGCAAGCAGGUUCUCUCGACAAAAUCAAACAACAACGGCAUGGGUUUCGGCCAGGGCGAACGACCACCACUCUUGCGCGUGCACAACGACGUUGGCCCUGGCGAGUAUGGAGUGGGUAUAUCUGCGUGCAAAAAGCAAGUAGAUUCCCGAAAAAAAACUUCUGGAUUUGUCAAGUUCUCCCGCUGUGCACGUGACAAGGCAACAUCUACAUCCGCAAAGGACGAGGAGGAGGCCCUUCCAGGCCCAGGAACUUACCAGCUCCCCCCUGGGCUUUGCGGUGGUGGAUCGUCUUACCCCUUGAGGUUCAUAGUGCAGUGGAUAUAUGCCGGCUUAGUUGCUCACUUGUAUCUUUUGUACGAGGAUACGCGGAUGUGGUAUCCUCUUCUUUCUUUCUCUUGCACACUUUUAGUGACCGUCCUCCGUGGACCUUCUGAGGCCGCGCGAAGCUGUCGGGACGCCGACGCGGCGAAUAGCAGCACGCUGGUGACCGGCUGGUGA